AUGGGAAGCGCUCAGCAGGAUGUCCAACUGCAGGACUUCGGCUCCAUCUUCAGCCUGGAGGGCAAAGUCGCUGUUGUGACUGGAGGUUCGAGAGGUUUAGGUCUGCACGUUGCCUCAGGGUUCAUGCAAGCAGGCUGCUCCAAAGUCUACAUCACAUCCCGGAAAGCCAAAGCCUGCGAAGAGGCCAUCGCCGCCCUGAAUGCCCUUCCCAACAAAAGACCCGGUGCCGAAGCCAUCUCCGUCCCUGCCGACUCGUCCAAGAUCUCCGAAAUCGAGCGCCUAGCAGCCGAAGUGGCCAAGACGACCGACCACGUCGAUAUCCUGUUCGCCAAUGCCGGCGCAUCCUGGGGUGCGCCCUUCGAGACACACCCCGAGAGCGCCUUCAGCAAGGUCAUGGAUCUGAAUGUCAAGAGUGUUUUCUAUACCUGCCAGAAAUUUGAGCCUCUUCUGAGCAAAAGAGCGUCUGUAAACAAUCCCAGCAGAAUCAUUGUCACGGCGAGCGUUGCUGGUCUCGGUGUAGGCACACUCGGAAAGAACGCAACUUUCUCUUAUUCUGCAAGCAAGGCGGCUGUACUGCACUUGGCGAAGAAUCUUGCUGUGGAGUUGGGACCACGAGGGAUCCUCACAAAUGCUAUCGCUCCAGGAUUUUACCCCACAAAGAUGGCCUCGGGAUUGAUGGAGCUGGAGGGCGGCUCAGAGGCUUUGGCAGCCGAAGUACCAAACAGGAGAUUGGGCCAUCCAGAGGAUAUUGCUGGCCUGGUCGUCUUUUUGUCGAGUCGGGCAUCGUCACAUAUCAAUGGUGCCGUGAUAACGACCGAUGGCGGUUCUCUCUUGUCGAGAGGGCGGCUGUAG